ACGGCACAAUCAAGCCAGCAAGACUAAGCGUGAGAGAGGCUAUGGAACGGCCUAACGGUAGGAAGAUCGUGCUGAGGUUCAACAGGGCAAAGCAAGCAAUUGGAGACGAAGCUGGACUGUUGAGUGGCGUGCUUGGUCUGUUGGGAACUGACUAUGGAAAAUUUCCUACCUGUGAAAGAAGUUGGCGUAAGAUUACCACUAAAGACAAGGUUUACAACGAAUGCAUCAAGCAAAUUUUCCACUUUGAUGAAGAUAUUGAAGGAACUAUCAAGAAAAAUAUUUUGAAAAGUAUGGGGAAGUCUUGGAAGGAAAGAAUGCUGAGGUUGUACGAUACUUUUUAUGAGCCAACACUUAUGACUGAAGAAAACAUUGAGCAACGUCCGCCUGGAAUCGAUCGAGAGCAUUGGAGAUGGUUCCUUAACUAUCGUGCCGAAGAGGAGACAAAGGAGAAGUGCAAGAAAAAUGCGGCUAAUCGAUCAAAGCAACUAUAUACCCACAUUGGUGGGUCGAAAAGCUUUGCACGGCGGAUGGAAGAAGAUGCUUUACUUUUUUAUUCACUCACCUUAAAACUAUUUCUAUGACUUAAGUUCACUUGA